AUGGCGGCCGCGAAACUCGUGGCGUUGUUCCUACUUCUCGCCUUGGUUUUCACCACCGGUGUGUUUGCCGAUGCCGGAAUCGACGGCGGUGAAGAGCCGAAGCUCGCCGGAUCUGACGGCGGUGUUGAUUUAGCUUCUGAGAUCGAAUUGGAACAGCUUAAUGCGAAAAUUAGUUCCCUAGAAUCCCAGAUUGAUGACAAAAGCAGAGAACUUAAAGGAAGAGAAGUGUUAGUAUCAGAGAAGGAGAAACUUCUUCAAGAGAGACAAGAUAAGGUUGCUUCCUUGGAGACUGAGGUUUCAUCACUAAGAAACAAAGGUUCAUCAGAUUCUGUGGAACUUUUGAAGAAAGCUCAAGCACGAGCUGAGGAAUUAGAGCAGCAGGUUGAGGUACUUAGGAACCUUCUGGAGCAAAAGAACAAGGAGAAAGCAUCGACAGAAGCUCGGAGUCGUGAAGCCGAGAAAAAGCUAAACGAACUAAACUCGAAACUGGAGAAACUUCACAAGACAAAUGAAGAGCAGAAGAGCAGGAUUCGAAAACUUGAGCGUGCUCUUAAAACUUCUGAGGAAGAAAUGUUGCGGAUGAAGCAUGAAGCAGCCACAAAGGCUAGGGAACUGCAAGAGGUUCAUGGCUCGUGGCUUCCCCAUUGGCUUGCUGUUCACUGGGUUCAUUUUGAGACUGUUGCUGGGACACACUGGGACGCCCACGGGAAACCAGUUAUGGAGAAAGUAACUCAAAAGGCGAAGCAAGCAAAGACUCACGCUGAAAAAUGGGCUGAACCACACUUGGUUAAUGUUAAAACUAAAUAUAUUCCAGCGGUGAAGAAAACUGUCAAAACGCAUGUUGAGCCACACGUAAAAACACUAUCUACCAAAGCGAAAGAGGCUUACCAUGCUUCCAAGAGUGCUGUUAGUCCUCAUAUUGUCAAGUUUCAAGGACAUGUGGAUCCCUAUUACCAGGAGGCUAAAAAGUUAAGCAAGCCAUACGUUGACAAAGUGGCCACGGCCACAAAACCACAUGUUGAUAAGGCGAAAGCUACCAUGAAGCCAUACACAAAGAAGGCUAUUCACUACUACAAAGGGUUCCUAAAAUCUGCCACAACGUAUCACCAUCAGGUUCAAGCCACUGUGGAAAAAAAGUUGAAAAGCCAUGAGCUGACUGAACCUUUUGCCACCAAAGAGUUCAUUUGGUUUACGGCCUCUGCUUUGUUGGCUUUACCCAUCUUCAUAGUGUACAAAUUCCUCUGUUCUCUCUUCUGCACAAAGACAAAGAAACCUACCCGUCAGGCUCAUCACCAUAGUCGUCGUAAGGCCAGAAGGGGUCAUUCCGACAAGUGA